CGUAUUUAAGUUUUCUCUUGAAAAUUAAGACUCUACCAUUAAUUGAAAGUUCAUCAAAUGUACAAACUUAAUUUGUUUGUUUUCCAAAUAUAAUCUCUGGUGCUUCUUUGUCCUCAUCAGUUUGACUAUGGUGUUGUACAUGAAUAACAAUAAUCAUUUCUAAAACAGCCAUUAUAAGGCUGGGAUAGAGAUCGGAAUUCAGCUGAAAUGUAUUCGGGUAAUAACUGGGGAGGAUCGCUGGAGAUAAAGGGAGCCGAUGAGGAGAGAAGAAUCGGAGAACAACGUGAUCUCGACGAGACACAGCAGAGCUGGUUGCUGUAUCCGCAAGAAACGAAGAACAAGAAGAAGAAGUACGUGGACUUGGGGUGUAUCCUUUGCAGCCGAAAGGCGUUCAAGUGGACUAUCUAUUCGGUUGUGAUUGCGUUUCUGGUUAUUGCACUUCCGAUCAUCAUCGCCAAGUCUUUGCCGAAGCACAAGUCUCGUCCUUCUCCUCCUGACAAUUAUACUGUUGCCCUCCACAAGGCCCUUCUCUUUUUUAAUGCCCAGAAAUCUGGUAAAUUGGGAAAGAGUAACAGGAUACCUUGGAGAGGGGACUCAGGGCUUCAAGACGGAAAUGAUACAGAUGUUAAAGGACCAGGGCUUGUCGGAGGGUUUUAUGAUGCCGGAGACAAUGUGAAGUUCCAUUUCCCCAUGGCCUAUUCCAUGACAAUCUUGAGCUGGAGCCUAAUCGAGUACAGUCAUAAAUUCGAUGCUAUUUCCGAGGAUAACCAUAUGCGAGAUCUCAUCAAGUCCGGUGCUGAUUACUUGCUAUUGACUUUUAACUCCUCCGCCACGACAAUUGACAAAAUCUACGCUCAGGUUGGUGGAUCUCUUAAUGGUUCUACAACACCGGACGAUCAUUACUGCUGGCAAAGACCAGAAGACAUGGAUUACAGGCGGCCUUCAAUUCCCAUCACCGCAGGCCCUGACCUUGCUGGGGAAAUGGCAGCAGCCCUGGCGGCAGCGUCCAUAGUCUUCCGGGACAACACUGCCUAUUCUAAGAAACUCGUAAAAGGCGCAGAAACCGUCUUCGCCUUUGCCAGGGACAAAGGAAAGCGCAGGCCAUACUCUCGCGGACAACCUUAUAUCGAAACUUUCUACAAUUCAACUGGGUAUUAUGACGAGUACAUGUGGGGAGCUGCUUGGCUCUACUAUGCCACAGGAAAUAAUAGCUAUAUUUCUUUGGCGACCGACCCUGGAAUCCCUAAAAACUCUGGGGCAUUCCGCAUGUCCCUAGACUCGCGGGUGCCCAGCUGGGAUAAUAAGUUACCUGCUGCUAUGCUUUUGCUGACCAGGUACCGGAUAUUCUUGAGUCCCGGAUAUCCUUACGAGGACAUGCUGCGGAUGUAUCACAAUGUCACUGAACUCACUAUGUGCUCUUAUCUUAAGCAGUUCCAUGUAUACAACUGGACUAGAGGAGGAAUGAUCCAACUGAACCACGGAAAGCCGCAGCCUCUUCAGUAUGUGGCUAAUGCCGCCUUCUUGACUUCACUGUUUGUUGAUUAUCUAAAUGCCUCCGACAUUCCGGGGUUUGAGUGCGGCCCCGCCUUUAUUACAUUAGCUGAUCUUCGGAGCUUUGCCACCUCUCAGAUAGAUUACAUUCUAGGUAAAAAUCCCAUGAAUAUGAGCUACGUGGUGGGGUACGGAACCAAGUUCCCCAGACACGUGCAUCACCGUGGAGCAUCAAUACCCAAUGACAAGAAGAAAUACUCGUGCACAGGUGGAUGGAAGUGGCGCGACAGCCGCAAUGCCAAUCCUAAUAACAUUACCGGAGCUAUGGUUGGAGGGCCUGAUAGGUUCGAUAACUUCCAUGACGUUCGAACCAAUUUUAAUUUCACCGAACCUACCUUAGCCGGGAAUGCUGGUCUAGUUGCUGCACUUGUCUCUCUGACCAGCAGUGGUGGCCUCGGCAUUGAUAAGAACACAAUUUUCUCAGCAGUUCCGCCACUCUAUCCACGGAGCCCGCCACCUCCACCACCUUGGAAGCCGUGAACUAAAGGUGCGACGAUCUUUCAUAGGCUAGAAAUCGGCUCCUAUCCUAAGCCAAGUUUUCCCUGAUCUAGAGAUACUACUUCUAUUUUUUACAUUGGACAAAAUUUCUUUAAGUUCCUUUCAUUUGGUACAGUCAAACUUAGCUGCUUCUUCCUACACGUGCAUAUAUGUAAUCUUUAUACACAGAUCAAUGGGGUAUAGUUUUCAUUA